UGCGUAAGAGGAAAGGUGCGCACGGUUCCAUCCGCGGAGAUUCUUCUUCUGCUCGACUCAUGCUAUUGCAGAGUCAUUUGUCCGAUUCUAUUUUUGUGUUACAGCAUCUGAUUUUGCAAAUUAGAACUUCUUGGUGCUCCAGUGGGGUUCAGUGUGGAUGCAUCCGCGAGGAGAGCUGCUGAAAUUACGCGUAAUAGUCUGACACGGAGGACUCGGUAAAAACCCACUCAAAAAUGUCAGUGAAGAUAAUGGCUGUGCGCAAAUCUCCAGCGCUUAACUGAUGGAGUUUAAGACCGGAUCUGGACUUUGUGGAGUUCUCUCUGUUCUCCAAUGAUGGAAGAACAGUCGUCAGGGACCUUCACACCUGACUGUGCAGCUUUUGCCAAUACAUGAAAGAAACUAACUUGUUUUGUCUGAUGAAUUCUCGGGGCUUAUCAGACAGCAGCAGCAGCAGCAGGAGCAGGAGUGGUGGUGCUAUGGGGAUCAGAAAUGGCACUAAAAUCCAUCACUCUAAACCCAUUUCUAAAAUAUACUUCAUCUUUAUCUUGCUCCUGCUCAUUUUCACACCGAGAGUGGAUUCAUCGUGGUGGUACAUUGGAGCGCUGGGUGCGAGAGUCAUCUGUAACCAUAUUCCUGGUUUGGUCAACAAGCAACGGCAGCUCUGCCAGCGACACCCGGACCUGAUGCAGUCCAUUGGCGAAGGAGCCAAAGAGUGGAUCAGAGAGUGCCAGCACCAGUUCAGAUACCACCGCUGGAACUGCAGUACACUGGACAGGGACCAUACCGUGUUUGGCAGGGUGAUGCUGCGAAGUAGCAAAGAGGCAGCAUUUGUGUAUGCCAUCUCUUCAGCAGGAGUUGUCUACGCCAUUACAAGGGCGUGCAGUCAGGGAGAGCUGAAAAUUUGCAACUGCGACGGUCAGAAGCGCGGCCAAGCCAGCGACGACAGGGGAAACUUUGACUGGGGUGGAUGCAGCGACAACAUCAAGUAUGGCAUCAGGUUUGCGAAGGCGUUUGUUGAUGCUCAGGAGAGGAUGGUGAAGGAUGCUCGCGCGAUGAUGAACCUGCACAACAACCGCUGUGGUCGGAUGGCAGUGAAGCGCUUUAUGAAGCUGGAGUGCAAGUGUCACGGGGUCAGCGGCUCCUGUUCUCUGAGAACUUGCUGGCUGGCCAUGUCCGACUUCAGGCGAACGGGAGACUACCUCCGUAGGAAGUAUGACACGGCCAUCGAGGUGACCAUGAACCAGGACGGGACAGGCUUCACGGUGGCUGAGAACUACAACAGAAGCACCAAAAAUGAGCUGGUGUAUGUUGAGAAGUCACCAGAUUACUGCCUCAUGGACCGGGCAGCAGGCUCUCUGGGCACAGCAGGCAGAGUGUGCAACAAGUCGUCGAGGGACACGGACGGCUGUGAGGUCAUGUGCUGUGGACGGGGCUAUGACACAAUGCGCGUCAAACAUGUCACCAAGUGCGAGUGCAAGUUCAAGUGGUGUUGCGCUGUGGAGUGCAAAGACUGCGAGGACGUUGUGGACAUUCACACCUGCAAGCCACACAAGCGACCCGAGAGGCUGGACCGAAACUAACAAACCACACCUUAUGGAUCAUACAGCCACUCUUCAAACUCUGUGCUACUGACUGCUUGUAUUAUUGGACAUAUAAAUGGAUAUAUAAAUGGAUCUCUCUAUUGUACCUCUGGUUCUUUGGUUUAAAUCAGACACUUUGACAAUUCCUGAAGCCCUUCUGAAGGACAUGACAUCACAGACUUUUAUUGGAUGAUGCUAAACUGGAAAGUAGGCCCAGUUUCUGCUCCUGUGCUGCUUUAACAAUUGUUUCUUAGAAGUUGUUCAACUUUUUUAAAUGGUGAAAUCUUUAUUACAGGAUUGCGAUCAUAUUAUCCUGUUGGAAAUGUACCAUUGUUUGACAGGGAUUUCAGAUGAUGACUGCUCAUUUCACAGUAUGUAACACACUGUCUUAACUCAUACUAAUAAUAACAGCAGUAAUGUUUAGAAGACAGGGGAUAAAAGAGACAUGGGAAAGAAAAAUGAAGAGAGAUUUAUUAUGAUAUUCCAGAAAUAUUGAUGUAUUAUUCCAAAAGACACCAAAUCACUGGAUGGUACUCUGACAAAGCAUUGAGAACAGUUGCUGCAAAUUAGUGCAACUCUAACAAACUAAUACAGAGAGUGGAAUACAGGAGAAAAGAGUAUGCAGACUUCAAUUUUGUUAGAUUUUUUU